AUGCCUGAGCCAUUGUCUACCCUGUCUCCCGCCAAGCAGAACUCCAGAUCCUCUCCUGUCAAGCUCGACUUCUCACAGAAACCAGAUCUCUCGUUUUCGAUCGAUCCUCUCAAAUCUCCUACCAUGUCCGUCGUCGCAGUCGCGCAAGCCGCCCCAAUAGAUUCAACAAGCAAUCCCCAACCCGCCCUGGAAUAUCCCCUGUCUCCCUCUGCGCCUUCCAGCCAAAUGUCAAGUCCCAGAAAGACAUUCUCGCCCAUAAAGUAUCGCCUACAAGAUGAUGCGAGGGUGGAUAGCUCGCCUCCUGGGUCACCUGCUGAACCGACCGUGCGAUUCAAUGAGGGUCUCACAAAGGCGAUCGAUACCAUGCAAAAGGAGGCGCAGACCGACACUUUGGAUGAGUCUGUCGUGCACCACACAAUGGACGAGGACAAUAACAAUGAAGCUAAUCCCUCCCCGGAUCGCAUUUUGGAUGGCCCCAGCCAUCCCCGAGACGACUUUGACGACAUGACGUUGACCCUCAGUCUUGACGAUAAGACCGUCCACGACGAAACCGUUGGCGAUUUGAGCACUAUCUCGGCAAUUGCUACAGACACGACGCGGUUUGCCAACAUUCGCAACUCACCGACCAAGACGCCGCGGGAACCAUGGUCGCCUUCCAAACAGUUGCGCAACUCCAUCAUCACCAGUACUCCGGGGACCACCCAACGCCCUCUACGAUUACUCUCCACCUCGACACGAAGCACCUCGUCCAACGAAGAUGAUGAGGCCACCCCUCGGAGGCCCCGAAACUCGAAUGACACCCAAGUAGACCUCAUGAACUUCACUGGACAAACCAAUAUCGUGAUCCCCCCUCCCAGUUCCGCCCCUCGAACCAUGAGACGGAGUCCGUCGGGGAGAGGGGCCUUUCCUAUCAAAGUCAACCCAAGUCCAGUCCACCGGUCACAGGCUUCAGUAGACCGCGAAAGGGCGACCGGUCGAUCUCCUCAAAAACAAUUUCAGGCUGUUUUUGAAGACGGCAAUGUCCCAGCCACUCCUGCCGAGAAAAAGCAAAGCAUGUACUCUGGUGCUUCGGGGCUGGAUCUGUUGGAUAUUGAUCUCGGGCCCAUGGCGACUCCACGCUCGAUCCCCACCAUCACGCCCCGAGAAUUGGAGACCUUGCGGUCUGAGCUGCAAUCACGGAUUUCAGGCUUGGAAGCCACCUUGUCUGGGAAAGAAGCAGAAGUCAUGGCCUUGAAACGCUCCAUCACUGAUGCCGAAGUGCGAGUGGGCAAGACCAGUGAAGAGCUCCGAACCGAGCGUGCCUCUCGGGAAGAGCUGCAACACGCAAAGGAUGAAUUAGAACGGCGGAGCCGAGAAAUGGAAGAGGUCCUGCGCGAAGUCAAGCAAAAUAUCUUCCUCGAAGAGCGAGAGAAAGAAAAGCUAAGACGGCAAAGCGACGAGGCAGAGCGUCGGGCGGAGGAAUAUGAAGUCCGGAUUCUCGAACUCCAGGCAUCGCUCGACACGCUACGGUUGGAACGUGUCAGAUCGACCCCCAGUCCGGAAAAGGGGAGCACUCCCAGCACUCCGGGCGUGCAUGCUGACAUUGAUUUCGCCGUCAAGGACGCCACAGAAAAGGUGGCCCGUGAACUGCACGCCUUGUACAAGAGCAAACAUGAGCGCAAGGUGGCGGAUUUGAAAGUUAGCUACGAGAAACGAUGGAUCAAGCAAGUGGAACAACUACGCGCCGACCUCAAAGCGUCCCAGGACGAGGUACUCAAACUGCAGACCGAGAAGGAGGCGACCAUGAGCGGAGUAAUCCCGGGCCAGAGUGAGGCUCUUUCUAGGAUGGGGGGCCAGAUUGAAGAGCUACGGCGAUGGAACGAGGAGAUCACGGCCGACAAGAAGAUGCUGGAAGCCGAAGCUGCCGGCUUGAGGAGCCAAGUUGACUCGUUAGCCGCCGAAAGCGAUUUCCUCCGAAAGGAGGUGGAACAAGAACGUGUGGAAAAGGGAGAGCUGGUUGCGCAGGUGGACCUGUUCCUGACCAUGAGCGCUCAGCAAGAAGAGCAAAGGGCUGCCGCAAAGUCGCACCGGCCUGUCAGUCCCCCCAGGAGUGAAGAUGGGAAUGGUCGACCGAGUUCAGCAUGCGCAGUGCCCAGCCCAAGCAAAUUUAGGAGCAGUGUAAACGGCGGAAUGACGCCCGCUGGAUCAGGAGCACCAGGAGGUCGUCCUCGGCCAAUGAGCAUGUUACAGAAACCGACCGCAGGGAAAUACUCGGGUAUACCUGCCCCUGGGUCUGGAUUGAAGGCGCCGUCGAGCAAAUCCGCGGGUUAUGGUGGUGGCCGGAUUAUGGAAGGCAUCGCACGCAUGGGCGCAGGGGGUCGAUGA